AGGCAACCCCAGUGCAAAUGAUGGCUGUUGGUGACCCGCCGUGUCCGUGGGGAGCAGCCUGGGCAGCACCGACAGCCCUUUCCCCGGGCAGGCUGCUCGGGGUUCUCGGCCCUUGUGAGGUAACCGCGGUUCCCUGAGCUCUGCUCACACCAGCCCCUUCUCGGAGGGGCCGGUUGCCAAGGGGCGCUGAGGCGGCAGCCGGCACAAGCCGCCCCCUGACCCCUCCCGGCCCGGCAGGGCUCCGCCCGCCGCAGUCCCUCACGCCAUGUCCGGGGGCGGGUCGGAAGUGACGGCCGCAGGAAGCUCGGUCCCGUUUGAAAGCGCCCGGCGGAGCCGCCGCCGCCGCCUCUUUCCCGCCAUCCGCGCCGACAUGGCCGCCUUCGCCAUGGAGCUGCCGCCCGCAGGAGCUGAACCAAUGACUCUUGGCUCCCCGACAUCUCCAAAACAAGGAGCUAGUGCUCAAUUCCUGCCUGGGUUUUUGAUGGGUGACUUACCUGCCCCGGUGACUCCUCAGCCACGUGCUUUAUACGGCCCUUCAGUCGGUGUAAUGGAAACAAGGUCUCCACUACUUGCAGGAGGGUCUCCCCCACAACCAGUAGUUCCUUCUCAUAAAGAUAAAGGUGGUGCUCCACCAGUUAGAAGCAUUUAUGAUGAGUUAUCUAGUCCUGGGCUUGGAUCAACACCUCUAUCCUCAAGAAGACCAGCCAGUUUUACACAGAGCCCAUCAGUUGGAAUUCUGCCAUCAACUCCAGGAGCAGCUUCGAGCAUGUUCAGUCCUGCAAGUAUUGGGCAACCUAAGAAGACUACUCUAUCUCCUGCUCAGCUAGAUCCUUUUUAUACUCAAGGUGAUUCCCUUACUUCAGAAGAUCAACUUGAUGACACAUGGGUAACUGUAUUUGGAUUUCCUCAGGCAUCAGCUUCCUAUAUUCUACUGCAGUUUGCUCAGUAUGGAAACAUAUUAAAGCAUGUGAUGUCCAACACAGGAAACUGGAUGCAUAUUCGAUACCAAUCGAAGCUUCAAGCCCGGAAAGCCCUAAGCAAAGAUGGAAGAAUUUUUGGUGAAUCUAUCAUGAUUGGUGUCAAGCCCUGUAUAGAUAAAAGUGUGAUGGAAAAUUUUGAAAGAAGUUCUACAUCCUCAGUGUCUUCAAUUUUCACUCCACCUACAAAAUCUGUUGGCACACCAGUACAACCUGCAAAUAAUAGUGCAAGGAUUUCUACAAUGAGACCUCUGGCAACAGCAUAUAAGGCUUCCACUAGUGACUAUCAGGUGGUUACUGACAGACAAACUCCUCGGAAAGAUGAAAGUAUUGUAUCUAAAGCAAUGGAAUAUGUUUUUGGCUGGUAAUAUAAAAGAGGAAGCAACACACUAAGCUGGUCAUGGUUUGAACUAUACUACUGGCAUUUGUGGUUAGUUGUAUAACUACUGGUGGCAGUAUUUUAUCUUGCAUAGCACCUGUUAUGCCUUCAGUUUAUUUGGAAGACAUGUAGCUUGCACUUUAAAUGAUGGCAGUGUAUACAUGGUUUUACAAACUGAGUAAGUGUAAAUAAAAGUGCUUUAUCCCCA